AUGCCUCCUCCCGGGAAGCCCCCUCCGGUGACCCCGGUGUACGCUCACGUGCACAACGUCGUUCUGCAGUACGAGCUCGCCCGCAAGGCGUUCGUGAACGGCCUGAACGACCUCCUCGCCGCGGGAGAUCCCGGACAGACCGACGCUCUGCUGCGCGCGGGCGUCGUCAACCUGCUCCACGCGCCCCUCGUGCAAGAUGCCAACUCCGGCGUGCAAGUCGCCGCGCUCGCCGCGAUGCGGACGCUCACGCAGGACACCGAAGCGACGGGCGAGGAGAUCGCGGAGCCCGACGCGUUGAAAAAGAUCGUCGCCUCGCUGACCCAUGGGAAGACCGCGGUGGCGGUCGCCGGUUGCGCCGCGCUUCAGGCGCUCGCGGAGAAACGGCCGGAGUACGCCGCCGCCAUGAUCACCGAAGGCGCGCUCCCGCCGCUGCGCCUGCUCAUGGCGUCGUUCGACCCGGACGCCAAGGAAGCCGCCGCGCGAUGUCUCACCGCGGUGGCCCAGGCUGGCGAGCCCCACGCCAGAUCCGCGCUCGACGACGGCGACGGCGAUGUGCUCGAGCUCGUCACCGCCGCCUCCGCCGACCCCGACGCGUCCUUCUCCCUGCGCCUGGCGUGCGCGCGGUUCUUCGACGCGUGCUGCGACCACGGCGCGUCCAUGGCGCGCCGCGUCGUGCUCUCGAGCGACGCCGCAGCGUGCGCUGCGAGGCUGGCGAGAGACGCGUCCAUGCCGGGGAAUCCGAAGAGCGCGAGAGCCGCGCGGGCGGUGGCGUUCGCGUCGCUGACGCGCAUGGCGCAGAACGGCGAGGACAUGGCCGCGAUGGUCGCGGAGACGGGCGCGGUGAUGGACGCCGUGGCUGCGGUGACGGACGAGAGCGACGCGUCCGCGCGGGAAUGCGCCGCCGCGAUGCUCCGAGAGAUCGCGUGCAAGACGGCGGAUCUCGCGGAGAAGGUCGCCGCCGACGGGGGGAUCGCGGGCUUGGUGCAGUGCCUGGCGUACGACCGCGGGGAUAAGCGGAGCAUGUUCGCGGCGCAGACGCUGGGGUACGUCGCGGAUUUCAAGCCGUCGCUGGCGAUGGCCGUCGUGGGCGUCGAUCGGGGUCGGUGCCUCGUCGAGGCGCUGGAUCACGCGCCCGACGCGGAUUCGGCGACGGCGGCGGCGUGGGCGAUCGGGUGCGUCGCGAGGCACGGGAGGGAAGGGGCGGCACAGCUGGCGAAGGCCGGGGCGCUGAAGAGCCUGACGGACGCGUACGCGGCGGCGAUGCACGCGGGAGGCGGGGGCGGGGCGAUGAACGAGGCGCUCGCGGAUCGGUGCAAGGCGAGCGUCAAGUCGGUUAUUAAAAACAGCGGCGCGCUCGGGCUCCUGGAAGGUAUGGUCAACGAACGGACGCCGCCGGGGAUCCUGCGUCACGUCCUCGCGGAGUUCGCCGCGAAGCUGAUGGACGACGUCAAGGCGAAGAGGAGUUUCGUCACGAGCGGGGCGCUCAUGCGGCUGCAGGCGGUCAUCAAAAAGCACGACUCGGCGGUGGCGGAGGCGGCGGCGGCGUUGGAGGCGUGUAAGCUCAGCGGCGAGGAGCCGCCGCCGCCGACGGAGCCGCUGCUGGACGAGCGGGCCGUCCGCGACGCGAAGCGGAUCAACGGCGUGUUCCCGGCGGACGUCGUGAGCUACUACCUCUACUGCUGA